CUCACCGCUCAGUCCAGGAUUGCCAGCAAGCUAAUUAGAACCUGUGAAAUAUGGAUUUGUGGUCGUUCAUUACAGGUCGCCCUUCGUCGGCAUUGUUAGCUUCUCCGGGGCCUCAGAGUCCCCGACCAGACAGAUCACUGAGCUGCUGUGUUACUACUCAGGGAAAGUAAGAAAAGCACAACAUGGGACCAUUGAACAGGGUCACCAUUGCUCUGACUCUAUCAAUGACAUAUCUCACUUGCAUUCGCCCUUCAGAGAGGACAUAUCUUCUGUAGCAUGGACCAGAAUUCACCAGAAGUUUUACUCCUUUAGUAGAUGCUGUAAUGCAAGGUGAUACAGAUUUGAGAAAGCAGGGCCUGUCAGUCCCAGAAGCAACUGGGGGUUAAAGGCCCCACUCAAGGGAAAUUACUUUGCCGACCGUAGGAUUUGAACCAGCGACCUUCUGAUCGCAAGUUGGAUGUCUGAGCACGUCCUGAUUUUGCUAAGUUUGAUAUGUCCCUGGGUCGACAAGGGAGAGGCUUGCGUUUCACUUAUUUAAUCAAUUAAAGUCUUCAUUGUACGACAUCACCACAUUAAUUAAAACGUCAAGGUGCACAGAUUUGUAAGGUACCCAUUUUAUUGUGUAUGUCUUUUACAGAACAGAGGGACACGCUUAUCCGCAAAGGUUGUACGGAACGAUGUAAGGGCACAUCUUCAUUUUUUCAUGAGGAUGAUCAUAAUAACAGCAAUAAUGAUGAGGGCUGAACCAGCGACCUUCCGAUCACAGGCGUAGAGGUUUAGUCCGUUGUGCCAAACACCAUCUCCAGCUCAAUAGCCGGAAGCCUCGAGUUUGAAAAUGAGAAGAAAAAAAAAAACAAUGAAGACUGUGAUUGGUUAAACUAGUGAAACACAAGCCCCUCUCUUGGUGAUCCAGGGACAUGGUGAACUCGGCAAAAUCAGGAUGUCCUCGUGUCUGAAACCACAGAGCCACACGCCAGUUUUCCAAACCGGUCCCAUGUAAGCAUCUCCUUUGCUACUCUGUGAUUGUCUCCCAGUCUGAAAAAGAAAUAGGGGGGUUAAUAGUUCAGUCAGUACUGGCUGAGGUGGGGAGCCCCUGUUCUUAGUUCAGAUCUCACCCAGUGAUACCAGUGGGGAAGGCAGGCUGGGAGAGGCUAGGGGUGGCACGCCUGGCAAAGUCUACACCUGCUACCCCAGAGAAUUAUUUAUGAGUCUUAACAAACUUUCUUUUCAAUGCAGUUUGAGUUUUUAUCUUUAGAGAUUUGGGCUUUUGUAAAUGUUCUGAUGCCUAGGGGGCUUCCCGUCCGAGGCGUUCCCGUGUCAUUCCCGGGAGAGCACAUCGCACACAGAGCCGGGGAAGCUGAGUCUGACCUGUUCACAUCCAUCCACUUUACCCUCAGAGGGAGAAUCACAGCUGCAGAGCCCCUCGAGGCAUCCUCACCGGGUGGAUGAACCCAGAGGCAGCGUCCGUGUGUCAUGGCGCCCGCAGGAGGACAGAGCGUCUGCCAGUGGCGAUGGGCUCCGGAGCAGCACUGCAGGACGGGAGGUUGCCUGUGCAGCCCCCCCACCAAGAUGCCCUGCUUAUCUCCACCUCGGUAAUCAAAAAGCAAAGGCGUCUUUGAUCCUGACGACGAGGAAACAAAAACAGGCACUAGACAGACAAUGGUGUCACCUGAUGUCGUUGGAUUUUCUCUGAUGUUGUCCUCUGUGGGGAGCAACUGACAAAUUGACAACUUUGGCAAGUCUGAUCCUGCUCCUCCAGUAGCAUUCAGUCCGAUUUUUCUGAAUGUGUCUGUGCGUGCUGAUCCGUCUCUCUAUCGCCCCCUGGUGGAGGCCGAAGCAAUAACAGCGACGGACUUCGCGCAUUAUGGGAGCCUCGAGUGGCUCGCGGCCAGCGGGCUUCACUUCCACCACAGUCCCUGUCGAGGCGGCCCUGCUCUGGGGGUGGCCAGCUUGGCCGCUAAAUGCCUCCGUCAACCUGAACCACAGCCUUCUGCUGGGGGCAGAGCCGGCCACCAAUCUCUCAGCAGCCCGUGCCGCCGUUCCGGUAGCUGAACGCGAGAAGAACUGGCCAGCCCUGCUAUUCCUGGUCGUCAUCUUUCUCACGGUCGGCGGUAACAUCCUGGUGAUUCUGGCGGUGUCCCUGGAGAAGAGGCUACAGAACGCCACCAACUUCUUCCUACGUUCGCUGGCUGUGGCGGACAUGCUGGUUGGCAUCCUGGUCAUGCCUGUGUCCCUCAUUAACAUCCUGUACGACUACGUUUGGCCCCUGCCGAGUGCCCUGUGCCCCAUAUGGAUCUACCUGGAUGUUCUCUUCUCUACGGCCUCCAUCAUGCACCUGUGCGCCAUCUCGCUGGACCGCUACGUGGCCAUCCGGCACCCAAUCCAGCACAGCCGCUUCAAUUCCCGCACCACGGCCAAGCUGAAGAUCGCGGCGGUGUGGACCAUCUCCGUAGGGAUCUCCAUGCCCAUCCCUGUGAUCGGCCUGCACAAUGAGGACCAGGUGUUUGUGAAUGGCAGCUGCGCGCUGAACGAGGAGCGCUUCAUGCUGGUGGGCUCCUUCGUGGCCUUCUUCAUCCCGCUGGUCAUCAUGGUGGUGACCUACUGCCUGACCGUGCAGGUGCUGCAGCGACAGGCCUCCGUCUUCCUGCACGAGGAGCCGGUCCCGCCUGCCCAGGCCCUGCCCACGCGGCGGCCCAGCCUCAUCUGCUUAAAGGUGGAGCCCACCCCCGGUGUCACACCCCCCGACAGUAUCUCCAUCCUCCCCAGCUCGGGGGCGGCCUCACAGAUGAGCUCCCCUGCUGGCCGGGACGCCAGCUCCUAUGGAAGGCGGGGCAUGAUGAACGCCAUUAAGAAUGAGAGGCGGGCAUCUAAGGUCCUGGGCGUGGUCUUCUUCCUCUUCCUGGUCAUGUGGUGCCCGUUCUUCAUCACCAACGUGACCUACGUGCUCUGCCGCGCCUCGUGCAAUGGCCCCCUACUGGCCGAGCUGCUCAACGUCUUCGUCUGGGUGGGGUACAUCUCCUCGGGGGUGAAUCCUCUGGUCUACACACUCUUCAACAAGACCUACCGGCGCGCGUUCUCCAACUACAUGCGUUGCCGUUACGGUGAGGUCGAGUUUAAGCCCCUCCCCUGCCCGCCACACAGUCUCACGCCUGGCAGCCUUUGUGGGAAGGGGGGUGUCGACCGCAACAGCAACUGUCGCAAUGGGGACCCAGUAGAAACCCUAGGGCUGGACCAUGCUGAUAAGGCAUUAGAGAUGCGUCCAUGCGUAUCUGAAGCUUCCAUUAACAGCUGCCAUACCCCCACCGAGCACACCAGCUGUGUUUGAUUGGACACCUGACAGCCCGCUUGCGAUUGGUUGAGGCAAUAUGGCCACUCCCAUUGCUUCCUGGUGUGUUCAUUGAGGACACAUGAAGAAAACCUUGGUUGCCGUUGGCUUUGGACGCUCCUACAGGAAUGAGGGCAUGUAUAUACCCAUCAAAAAUCAACCCCUUCUACUCAUGGGGGGGCACAAUAUUACUGACUGUUACCAUUUUUUAUCGUUUUUUUUGUCCGGGAAUUGAUCGUUAUCGAUUGUGAUGCUAGCUUAUUGUACCAUUUUUCUUACUAAAGCUAAAUUUCUUUUCAAACCUCUGGGACAUUGUAGAGGUUUUUUGUUUGACUUUCAGUGUAUUGGGUUUGAAGCACACAGUGCCAGUGUUGUGUCGCACCGCUCAGCAUUCACAGUGUCACAGUGCCCUUGUGUGGCAGCAAGGUUGAAUUACACUUUGAAACAGAUCAAGUGCUUCAGUGCCAGUGGUGUCCGUCUAGCACACUGGAGACCAAAGCGGAGCGAAGGGAGCAGAAUGGGGGCAGGAUGGGGCUGUGGGGCAAGGACACUAUCUGUGAAGAUGAAGGUACUGGAAAAUCAGAAAGGUGGUUAAUAGCAGUUCAGCGAAAAUGGCACCUUGUGAGCAAAAGGUCACUGAUUUGUACCCAGUAUUAAAACUCAGAUUUUUUUUCAGCUGUAAUUAGCUAGAGCUACAUCAGUUAUUUCAUAUAAACCCACACCAGUACAGGUAUGCCCUUAUCAUGGUGAACCAGGCCGUUAAGGUCAGGGGGUGGGCAGCUAGCUGACUGUUUAAUCCCUCCAGAGGGGAGGGGAGAGUCCUGGCUCACUAUGAAAAGCAUGGCUAACGCUAUCAGGAAACCAGUCAGGGCUGCGAUUGGCUAGUUGUUUGCACUGACGCGUGCCUCUCCUCCAAUCAGGACUGGAUGAUGUUGCAGAAGGGCAGGUGUAAAAUAUGACAGCUGAACUGGUGUUAAACUGAGGAAAGAGCAAAUAUAGGCCACAGAGGAGAGGAGAGGAGAGCCAGGCAAAGGGAUCCUGGUCCAAUCUUGUCAGGUCCUCACCCAGCCAAAGACUGCGGUGGGUAAAGAAGAACAGCCAAUGCUUCAUAGAUCAAACAUGCAAGAGCAACAGCUCUGGGCAGAGGAAGACUGGCAGAGGAAGAGGAAGGUCUGUCAUUUGGACAAUCCCCGAAAUACAAUGAGGAAAUUUACAAAGCACUGACCACACAAAACAAAUGGUGUAUUAGUGUAUUAUAUGUAAAGGGAUAUACUUCUGAAUUCCAUCUAUCUACCAGCCCCUUAUCCUGGUCAGGGAGGUGGGGGGGAAGGGUUGUGGCUUAUUCUAAGCAGUAUUAGGCACAAGACAGGGAAACACCGUGGAUGGGAAACCAAUCCAUCACAGGGAACACACACUCACAGCCACAAAGCUCACAGAGAUGCCAGGUAGCCUAACUUUGUGUCUUUGGACUGUGGGAGGAAACUGGAGUACCCAGAGGAACCCGGCAUGGGGAGAGCCUGCAAGCCGCACACACGCAGGGGGGGGGCUAUACUUCUAUAUAUUUAU